GGGGGGGGUAGAUCAGGGAGAGAGGGCAGGCUUGGGGAGGGCAGACUUGCAAUAUGACUUUCUCGGAUGUAUUUGUGCACACUCAACACCACAUUCAGUCAAAAAAGUACAAGUCCAAAAAUGCACUCAAAAACGAAAGCACAAAAGGAGAAAAGCAAGAACAAGGGAAAGGAACGGAGGAGGAGCAGACGGAAGGGAAGAGAGGGAGAGGCAGAGAGGGGAGAGGAAGAGUAUGAGGAGACUAGUAGUGGUACAAGGAGGAGGAGAAGCAAAAGGAGGACGAGGAGGAGGAGGAGGAGCACAAGUGGCAGUGGCAUCAGGAAAAGGAUGAACACAGGAGAGCAAAGAGCGGGAGGAGGAAAAAAAGGAAGCAGUGGCACUUGGAAGAGGAGGAAGAGGGGAGAAGGAGGAGGAGAAGGAGGAGAAGGAGGAGGAGAAGGAAGAGUUGCAGUAACAGAAGCAGUAGCAGUAGCAGAAGAAUGGAAUGAAGAGAAGGAAGAAGAGGAGGAGGAGGAGGAGGAGGAGGAGGAGGAGGAGGAAGAAUGGGAUGAAGAGAAGGAAGAAAAGGAGAAGAAGGAAGAGGAGGAAGAGGAGGAAGAGGAGGAAGAGGAGGAAGAGGAGGAAGAGGAGGAAGAGGGGAAGGAGCAGGAGAAGAGGAGAGUGCGAGCGAAGCAGCAGGAUGAAUAGCGGUAGCAAUGGUGGCACUAUGGCAAUG